UGGGAAAGGGAAAGAAAGAAAGAAAGAAAGAAUAUGCUAUAAGCGGAUCAACGGCCCAAUGAAUGUACCUUUUGAAGAAACGAAUUCGCUUAGCGUCGACUCCAAAUCCCAUAGAAAUCGGAACACAAAUACUACCGUCGUCGUCGUCGUCUUCACGUUGAUUUCUUUUUGAAUUUUGAUCGAAGCUCGCCAACAAUGGCGUCGACGGAAGGUCUGAUGCCAAUCACUAGGCAAUUCUUAGCAUCUUACUACGAUAAAUAUCCAUUUCAACCUCUCUCCGACGAUAUUUCACGUCUCAUUUCUGAGAUUGCCUCCAUUUCUUCCGAUUUCAUUAAAGAUUCUCCUCCUUCUCCAGAUGAAAAAUUAGUAAUAGAAGAAGUGGAGCGCGAUCCGCUUCAUAAAAUUGAUGAGAAUAUGUGGAAGAAUCGAGAACAUAUGGAAGAAAUUUUGUUCAUGCUUCAGAAUUCUCGCUGGCCAGCGCCUGCAUCAACAGGUGAAGACAGUGAACUUGGUACUGUUAUUAGCAAAAUAAGAGAUUCAUUUCAAAAGUCACUGAAGAUGUUGGAGUCUUUUCAGGCUACAAACUCUGAUCGUGUUUUUAGCACAGUUAUGACCUACAUGCCUCAAGACUUCCGGGGGACACUUAUUAAACAACAAAAAGAAAGGUCAGAGAAGAGUAAGAAAGCAGAAGUUGAUGCUUUGGUCAAUUCUGGUGGAAGUAUACGUGAUCGGUAUGCAGUGUUAUGGAGGCAACAGAUGGACAGGAGGAGACAACUAGCACUGCUUGGUUCUGCUACAGGUGUAUAUAAAACUCUUGUGAAGUACUUGGUAGGAGUUCCUCAGGUUUUACUAGAUUUUCUGCGGACAAUAAAUGAUGAUGAUGGGCCCAUGGAAGAGCAAAGGGAACGUUAUGGACCACCUUUAUACAGCCUUACGAAGAUGGUCCUUUCGAUAAGACUGUUGCUUUUACUAUCAUUGGGGAGGUUUGAGGCUAGACAAUUCAGAAAAGGUCCGGAAGUUGCUAUCUUGGAACAAGCUGUGGAUGUGUACAGUCGUGAGUUUGAGAGAUUCAUCUCCUUCAUCAGUGAGGUAUUUGCAAAUUCCCCUUUCUUUAUUUCAGCAGAUGCUGCUGGUGCAUCAGAAGCAAGGUCAAAUGACGAAUUUAAAGAGAUAAGUGUUCCAGCUGGGAAAACCCACGAGGUUUCCUUGGCAGUGGACUCGAUAAACUCGUACAUAGCUUGGGAUUUCUCUCUUAUACAAGGGAAGAUUAAUCUGGAUAUUGGAUUUAGUGUGGAGUAUAUGGAUCCUUCUGGAAACAAGACUCUGAUAUUACCUUACCGACGCUACGAAGCUGAUCAAGGGAACUUCUGCACAGUCAUGGCAGGACACUACAAACUUGUCUGGGAUAAUUCCUAUUCAGCAUUUUUCAAGAAGGUGGUACGUUACAAGGUGGACUGCAUACCUCCGGUUCUGGAACCAGCGCAAUCGAGUGAUGAAGUGGAAGGAUGAGAGGAUUGAUCCGCUAUGGCAUUACAUCUUUGUGAAAUGAUGAUCAAUGAUUUCAAUCAUAUUCAUUUACUAGAUUCUUUUUUCGUUUGAUGUUGAAUUUCAGAGAGAAAAACUCAUUCUUGUGUUGGCAACGGAUGGUUGGCCAAAACAAAAAGUAUAGUAACUGUAAAAUGUUUGUAUAUUACCUGGUAUACAUAUGCAAUGCACAUACAAAUUUAUGCACAAAGAGUGCCAUUAUUCAGAACA